AUUCUGUCAAAGAAAUGUCAAUAUAAAUGUAGCAUCUGCUUAAACAACAUCAAACACAGCAAUUUUUGACCCAAUAAUUUUCUUCGAAAUAAGAUAAGUUAAAAUUCUCAAACCAAAUGCCAGAACAAUAAAAUGCCAAUAAUAAGUUAAGCUGUGAAGCACAUAAAGAAGAAUCACCUUCACAUAGGUAUAACAAAAAUAUACUUAAACCAUGUUAAAAACCAUAAUAGCAAAAUAAUACAUAAAAAAGUAAUAUCACAUAGAUGUAAAAUUAAAGCAAUAUUAUUACUGAUAUGUUCUCUGAAAAAUUUAACAGACAAAGAAGUUAAUCUCCAAAUUCAUUAAUCCAUCAAUCAUAAAUAAACGAUGAAUAACAUUAACGAAGACCAGCAUCCUUUGCAAAUGAUGCAUCUCAUAAAUAAAAAUUUAUACAAAAAUCUCCCCUUUCGCAAGAAUUGUAAGAGAGCUUAGUAACAUCUAAUUAGGAUCAUCAAAGUAAAACAUAUCAAAAAUAGUAUUAUAGAAGUUCCAUAUUCUAAAAAUGGUCUAGAAUAAAAAUUAAAAUCUAAUUACCAAUAAUUGGGAUCAUUUUGUUAAAUAAAGUAAUAUCAAUAGGGAUGUCCUUUAAAAUCAUAAAGUCAUUCUUCAACAAAUUCAAUAUCUUAUAAUAGUAAAUAAAAUUUUACUAAGAAACCAGAACAGACUACAAAUUAUACUCCUACAAAGUUAACUACGAAUACUCUAAAUACAGAAUAUAGCAAAUCUAAAUCUAUUAACAAGGAUCAAUGUAAUAAAGCUAUAAUUUAGGAUUAAGAUAGAAAAAAUGAUUUGAAAAUUUUGAAUGUUGGUACACCCAGCACUUAUCUUCAUUCUAAAGUUUCAAUUGAGUAGCAGAGUGUAAUAAGAUUGAAUAGACAUUUAGGUUGAUGAAAGCUUAGGAAAUAAAUUCUAAUAAGGAAAAUUACUAUGUUAAUAUUCACCCUUAAUUGGAAGUGAUGAUAAUUUAGAGAAUGUAUUACCGACUAAGACAUGCACAAAUCAUAGAAAUAAAAAAGCUAAGUAUAAAAUAGAAGAAUUUUCUAAAUUUACCUAUUUUUGUUCUCAAUGUGCAAUUGAAGCUGCAAGUUAAGGAAAAGUUGUUUUAGAAAUAAAUUAAUUGAAAAUUAAAUCUUCUGGAUCUCAGAUACCAACCUUUUAAUCUAAAUUAAUUGAAAUAAAUGGGAAUGUUAAUUUAUCUGAAAUGUAAUUCAAAGAAAGAAUUUUAAGUGGAUUUCUUAAGAAAUUAGAAACUUCUUAAACUCUGAGAUAAGAAGUUUUAGGAUAAAUGAAAUUCUAAAUAGAAACAAUUAAAAACUGGUAUGAAGUUUAGAUGAGAAAAUGUGAAGAAUCUAAAGAAUAACUCUAAAAUUUAUUGAAUGAAGUUAGCAAUUAUUGUAUAACUUCACUAUAAAUGUAAUAGUAGGAAUCUUUGAAAUAAAUAUAAAUCUUAUAAUUUGUUUUAGAAUAACAUAAAGUAGAGGCAAGUAAUAUCUAAUAGGAUAUAGAAAAUAAUUGGAAUGCUGUAUUAAAAACUAUAAAAAUGGAGCCAUUUUAAAAAAUAAUGGAUAAUCAUUAAAUUGAAUUAAUGAAGAUGAAUGAAUUUACAUAAUCUAUGCUUUAAAUAACAAUAGGACUUAAAUAGUUAGUAAAUCCAGAUAUUAAGCCUAUUAUGGCUUUAAUUGCAGCAACGUAAAUUAAUUAGUUUAUAUUUUAGCUAUUAAUUAUAAGAUGAGAAACGAUAAUUAAUUCAAAAUAAUAUUCAAAAAAAUGUUUAAUAAAUUUCUUCUGUAAAAAAGAAUGAUAAUUUUGAUAUGCCUUAGUAAUAGUUGAUAAUUUAAUAGAGAAUAAGAACAAAUUUCAGUGGUGGAAUUGAAACUUAACCAGAUUUAUCAGAGAGACAAUAAAAUUCAAAUUCAAGAGAUAAUGUUGAUAAUAUGAAUUAAGUAAGUGAGUAAAAAUAAUAAAAAUAAAAAAAUAACUAUCUUUAUGUUUCUUUUGAGGAUAAAGAUUUGUUUAUGAAUAUAAUAGAUUAAGAAUCUAAAGUUAAAUAAAAUCUACUUGGAGAGACAAAAUAAUUAUAAUUAAUAGAAUCUUAAGAUUUCAAGGAAAAUUAAAUGAGUUUGUAAAAUUCACCAAAAUCAACUCCUCAUAGUCCUGCUAGUGGAUAAAUGAAAUAAUCAAUUGAAAGAACUGUAAAUAAAACAGAGGAAGGAUAAUAGAUUUGUUCUGAUAUAAUUAAACAACCAAAAACUACAUUUAGAAAGUUAUUUGAUAAUACAAAUGAUAUAUAGACAAUAGAGGUUAUUAAUAAUGAGUCUUAACUUUGUUAAGAAUAACAUGUUAAGGUUUAAUAAUAAAAUGUCAAGGUUUAAUAAUAAAAUAAAAUCUCUAAUAAUUAAUCAAAAUCAUAACAGUAAAAUAAUAUAAAAAUAUAAAUAUAGGUUUUUUUAAGACUCAAUAGAAUCUAAUUAAAAGAUUAUAUUAGAAACUCCUGAUUUAAAGAAAAAUGAGCUUGAGAAUUUAAAGUAUCUAAAAUAUUUGUAAGAUACAGAAACUUGCAAAAAGGCUUUAGAAAAACGAUCUGAAAUAAUAGAUUCAGUAAAAUAAGUUAAUUAAUGGGAUGAUGAAUAAAAAGUACAUAAAAAUGGAAAAAUGGAUGAAAUGAAUGCUUAAAAGAUUUUAAAUUUUAGAGAACAUUUAAGUAAUUUAAAUAAGAUGACUUACAUAUUGGAGAGUGGUAAAAAGAAUAUAAAUACAGAAUUGAGUUAAAAAGAGAAUGAAAAGAGUUAGUUCAGUUCACCUUAAUUUAAAGAUUAGGAUAUAAUAAAAGAGUCAGAAAAGUGUUGUAUAUCCAAUUGAAUUUUUUAAUUAAAGUAUAAUCAAAUAAAUAUCUGAUCUAAAAAUAAAUAUGAACUAUUCUCACUGGAUAAAAAAAGCAAUAAGAAACAAAUAUAAAUUAAAAAAGGAGUCGCCAGAGAGUUCUACAAUCACUAAGAAGCAAAUCUCGAAACAAUCUAUGAUAAGUUUAAGAGAAUUAUAUAAGGCUUAAAAAUGGGAGCAACUUAUCAAGAUAGCUAAAUAAACUAAAGGUUUAUUUGAGGAAUACGAUUGUAUUAAGGUUCAGAAAAAAGUUAUUAAGUUGGGAGAGAGUGUAUUGAUUAAUAGUGGAGAUGCUCAUGAUGAAGAUUAUAUAGGAACCAUAAAAUAAAUUAUAUCAAUAAAAGAACCAACAACACUUAAAUUGAUAUGUUUAUGUCGUGUAUAAUGGUAUAUGAGAAAAAGUGAAGUGAUAAAAUCUAAUCCAAAAAGCAAUGAAUGGGUUUCGGAUCAAGAGUUAUUUCAAACAAAACACGAAGAUUACAUUUUAGCUUAGACUGUGAUACACUCAUGUCAGAUUAUUACAUGUAAAGAAUAUAUUGAUCUUGAUGAAAUUGAAUCCACUAUUUAUUUUAACAGAUUAAGUUGGGAUAUGGAAAAAAAAUAAUUUUAAGGUUUAGAAAAACUUUAAAAAUUCUGUUCUUGUCAAUAACCGGUGAAUCCCGACAGAAAAUAUGUAUAAGUAUAAUAUAUACAUAUAAAAUAGUGUGAUUCUUGUCAUUAAUGGUAUCAUCUCGAAUGUGUAGGUUAUCAAGAGAGAGAAUUAGAUGAUUCUGAUUUCUUUUGUAAAAUUUGUUUAUGAG